AUGCAAGUCAGGGUCACCAAUGUAGCGGAUGAUGUUGUUGAGUCUCGUAGCUCGCUGAAUGAGGAGUAUGGUGACGCAAAACCCAAAAAGGUGCGCACAGCACCCCGUGAGCAGAAGCCGAAGCGCUCAAAGAAUUCACAGGAUGAAAGCGAAGACUCUGAGGACAAACUCUCCAAAUCCAAAAAUGAUUCUGCAGAUGACUUUGGUAGUGAUGAGGAAGACAACGACUUUGGCGAGGAAGAAGAAGAAGAUGGAGGAAGUGACUAUGAAGAAACAAAGGUUAAAAAAGGAAAGAAACCCAAAAUUGAGAAGUCUGGCAGACGGACACCCAAAAGAAAGCGGACCACAGAUUGCAGUGAUGAUGAUAAAGAUGUAAGUCGAAAACGAACAGUACGUCAGGCAGCCUCCAAGGCGGUGUCAAAACAAAGGGAGAUCCUUCUGGGUGAUGGUGGCAGUGAGGAUGAAGAGCAAGAAGAGCAAGGGGAAACCUUCCUUGAUCCUGAUGAAUCUGGCAGUGAUGAAGACUUCAUAGUGGAAGACGACGAUGACAGUGACUAUGGCCAAUCCAAAAAAAAAAGUAAGAAGGUUAUUCGACGAGGCCGAAUGGAAAAGGAGAAGAAAUCGCCUAAACCCCGGUUAAAGGCAACAGUAAACCCCAGCCCUACCAAAGGUAAGGGGAAAGGCCACACCAGCACCAAGGCGCCGGAAAAGAGUUCACCCAAAGAGGAGGAAGACGAUGAUCCCGAGAGUCCCUUUGAAGAAGAAGAGGGGGAAACCGAGAAGAAAGAUGCAUCCCCUGCCCCCAAGGUGACAAAAGGUGCCAUAGAAGAGGAGGAGGAGGAGGAAGAUGAAGAGGAGGGUGGCUCAGAAGAGGAAGCGCCUUCUGGAGAAGACUAG